AUGAGCGAUACGGCGUCUGCAGUGUCUCCGAUAGUUCUCUCGGUUCUCUUUCUUUUAUGGGGCACCAUGCAGACGUUGAGCUUGAAAUGGGCCGACACCAUUCACGCGCCGGAUGGUUUUACGGGCCCGACGGGUGGCCACGGUAGCUCUCACGCCGUGCAUUUUCGGCUGCACUACUCCUUCGCCCACCCGUUCACGCAAGCCUUCUUCAUGUUCUGCUCAGAAGCGUUCUGCCUCGUUAUCUUUGUUUGCCUGCUGGUGUAUAAGAAGUCUGUGGUGCCCCGCCUGCACGACAAGAAGAGGGGUGGUUGUGCCCACACAGGCGAACUGGUGGAGGGCAAAGACUACGUACUACCGCGCAAUCCGUUUCUCUGGUUGUUACCGCCUGGCGCCGAUGUUUUGGCGAGCAUCGUACAGAACGUUGGCAUGACGCUCACGCACGCUUCUGUGUACCAGAUGCUGCGCGGUUCCACCGUGGUGUGGAUCGCCGUCAUCUCGUACUUCUGGUUAGACUACCGCUUCACGAAGGUGGAGCUGUGGGGGAUGGGUUUCGUCGUGCUGGGUCUCCUCUUGGUAGGGGUUAGCAACCUUCUGGAACGCGGUACCGGCUUUUCGAGCCCCUCGGAAGAGCGGCAUAAUAAUCAAGCGCUGGGCAACCUCCUCAUCCUCGUGGCGCAGAUUCUGCACGCCUUCCAAGGCGUGUGUGAGGAGCGACUGGUCCGCCUCUACAAGGUUCCACCGCUGCAGCUGGUGGGAACGGAGGGCAUCUACGGUGCCGGCAUGACGCUCAGUCUACUGGCCUUCUUGCAGCUGGUGCCAAUGGCCCCCUGGGGCCACAACUUGGUGGCCGUCGAGGAGUUCCAGGCUGCCAGAGGACCUAGCGCUAUAUACACCAACGUUACAUGGGUGAAGAAGCUGCAGCCGACGCUGAAGGUGCCGUACGAUGAUGUCGUCCUCGCAUUUGCGCAGAUUCGAAAGUCGUGGAUGUGCAAGCUGUCUGUCUCCGCCUAUGUCCUUUCCAGCUUCUUCUUCAACGCCUGCCACAUGAGCGUUCUGAAGUACGUCUCUGCGACGGCCACUGUUAUGCUUGGCUCCCUCCGAAUCGUGACGGUGUGGCUGGUGUGCCUUCUCAUCCCAUCCAUCUUCGAGGAGCACUUCAACGUGGUGCAGUUCAUUGGGUUUGUGCAUCUUGUGCUCGGCAACAUACUGUUUCACCGAGUCGCGAUCACGCAAUUUGAUACCAUUCUGCCUGCAUGCGUGAUUGAUUUCUGUCCGAUGCUUUUCCGGGAUGCUAUGAAGGACCGGGUGGAGGUAGUCGAAAUGGAGAACCGGAGGGAGGCCACAGUGGCGGAGCCUCUGAUGGGGGAGAUGAGGCCCAAAGCUGACUAG